GCGCCCCGAACCAUUACAGCAGGACGGAGUUCAACUACCGAGUGGAAGAAGAGGAAGAGAGGAGAGAAAAAAUAGAAAAGAGAACGAGGCGAGGGGAGCGAACUUGUGCGCAGUUUCUGCGGAUUGAAAAGGGAAGUUUGCAUCGCAGCGACACGGAUCCGGAUCUACACUGAGUUUGAGAGCGUCUGCAUCUGAUCAGCAGCAACCAUGUCGGACGCCGACAAGUUCCUGUACGUGGACCGCAACAUGGUGAACAACCCUCUGGCGCAGGCCGACUGGGCCACCAAGAAGCUGGUGUGGGUGCCGUCGGAGCGGCUGGGGUUCGAGACCGGCACGGUGAAGGAGGAGCACGGCGAUGAGGUGGUGGUGGAGCUGGCCGACUCGGGGAAGAAAGUGCGGGUCAACAAGGACGACAUCCAGAAGAUGAACCCGCCCAAGUUCAGCAAGGUGGAGGACAUGGCCGAGCUCACCUGCCUGAACGAGGCGUCCGUGCUGCACAACCUGAAGGAGAGAUACUACUCCGGCCUCAUUUACACUUAUUCGGGUCUGUUCUGUGUGGUCAUCAACCCUUACAAGAACCUGCCCAUCUACUCCGAGGAGAUCGUAGACAUGUACAAGGGCAAGAAACGACACGAGAUGCCACCGCACAUCUACGCCAUCACAGACACGGCCUACAGGAGCAUGAUGCAGGACCGUGAGGACCAAUCGAUUCUCUGCACGGGCGAAUCUGGAGCCGGAAAGACCGAAAACACCAAGAAGGUCAUUCAGUAUCUGGCCCACGUGGCCUCAUCCCACAAGACCAAGAAGGACCAGAGCAGCUCGGUCCUGUCACAUGGUGAGCUGGAGAAGCAGCUGCUGCAGGCCAAUCCCAUCCUCGAAGCCUUCGGCAACGCCAAAACAGUCAAGAACGACAACUCUUCUCGAUUCGGAAAGUUCAUCAGAAUCAACUUUGAUGUUAACGGUUACAUCGUCGGAGCCAAUAUUGAGACCUACCUGUUGGAAAAGUCCCGUGCAAUCCGUCAAGCUAAAGAAGAGAGAACCUUCCACAUGUUCUACUACAUGCUCAGCGGUGUGGGAGACAAACUGCGCUCUGAACUCUGUCUGGAGAGCUACAGUAAGUACCGGUUCCUGUCCAACGGGAACGUGACAAUCCCGGGACAGCAGGACCGAGACAUGUACUUGGAGACCGUGGAGGCCAUGAGGAUCAUGGGCUUCUCUGAGGAAGAACAUAUCGGUCUGUUGAGGGUAAUUUCGUCUGUGCUACAGCUGGGUAAUAUGUCCUUUAAGAAGGAACGUCACUCGGACCAGGCCUCCAUGCCUGAUGACACAGCUGCCCAGAAGGUGAGCCAUCUGAUGGGCAUGAACGUGACUGAUUUCACACGCGCCAUCCUCUCGCCCCGGAUCAAGGUGGGCCGUGACUAUGUGCAGAAGGCCCAGACGCAGGAGCAGGCUGAGUUCGCAGUAGAGGCUCUGGCCAAAGCCACAUACGAGAGGAUGUUCCGCUGGCUGGUGAUGCGCAUCAACAAAGCUCUGGAUAAGACCAAACGUCAGGGCGCUUCCUUCAUUGGCAUCCUGGACAUCGCCGGCUUUGAGAUCUUUGAGCUAAACUCGUUCGAGCAGUUGUGCAUUAACUACACUAACGAGAAGCUCCAGCAGCUGUUCAACCACACCAUGUUCAUCCUGGAGCAGGAGGAGUACCAGCGCGAGGGCAUCGAGUGGAGCUUCAUCGACUUCGGCCUCGACCUACAGCCCUGCAUCGACCUCAUUGAGAAACCUGCGAGUCCUCCAGGGAUCCUCGCUCUCCUGGACGAGGAGUGCUGGUUUCCCAAAGCCACAGACAAGAGCUUCGUGGAGAAGGUCCUGCAGGAGCAGGGGACACACCCCAAAUUCCACAAACCCAAGAAACUGAAGGACGAGGCAGAUUUCUGCAUCAUCCACUACGCUGGAAAGGUGGAUUAUAAGGCAGACGAGUGGCUGAUGAAGAACAUGGACCCACUGAACGAUAACGUGGCUACUUUACUCAAUCAAUCCACUGACAAGUUCGUUUCAGAGCUGUGGAAGGAUGUGGACCGUAUCGUGGGUCUGGAUAAGGUGGCCGGCAUGUCUGAGCUGCCGGGUGCAUUUAAGACCCGUAAGGGAAUGUUCCGGACAGUCGGGCAGCUCUAUAAGGAGCAGCUGUCAAAACUCAUGGCCACGCUCAGAAACACCAACCCCAACUUUGUUCGCUGCAUCAUUCCCAACCAUGAGAAAAAGGCUGGUAAGUUGGAGCCUCAACUGGUUCUGGAUCAGCUCCGGUGUAACGGUGUGCUGGAGGGAAUCCGUAUCUGCAGACAGGGAUUCCCCAACCGCAUCGUCUUCCAGGAGUUCAGACAGAGGUAUGAAAUCCUCACGCCCAACUCCAUUCCCAAAGGCUUUAUGGAUGGCAAACAGGCUUGCGUGCUGAUGAUCAAAGCGCUGGAGCUGGAUCCAAACCUGUACCGGAUCGGACAGAGCAAAGUGUUUUUCCGUGCUGGAGUUCUGGCUCACCUGGAGGAGGAGCGUGAUAUGAAGAUCACCGACGUCAUCAUUAACUUCCAGGCCUGGUGUCGUGGAUACGUCGCCCGCAAGGCGUUCGCUAAGAGGCAGCAGCAGCUGACGGCCAUGAGGGUGAUCCAGAGGAACUGCGCUGCGUAUCUGAAGCUCAGGAACUGGCAGUGGUGGAGACUCUUCACUAAGGUGAAGCCGCUGCUGCAGGUGAGCCGACAGGAAGAGGAGAUGCAGGCCAAAGACGAGGAGCUCAACAAGGUUCGGGAGAAGCAGAUGGUGGCCGAACAGCAGCUGAAGGAGAUGGAGGUCAAACAGCAUCAGCUGAACAUGGAGAAAAUGGCUCUUCAGGAGCAGCUGCAGGCGGAGAUGGAUCUGUGCGCCGAGGCCGAUGAGAUGAGGAACCGCCUGGUGGCCAAGAAACAGGAGCUGGAGGAGAUCCUGCACGACCUGGAGGCCCGUGUGGAGGAGGAGGAGGAGCGAGCCAAUCACCUGCAGGUGGAGAAGAAGAAGAUGCAGCAGAACAUCGCCGACCUGGAGCAGCAGCUGGACGAGGAGGAGGCGGCGCGCCAGAAGCUGCAGCUGGAGAAGGUCACGCUGGAGGCCAAACUCAAGAAGACCGAAGAGGACGUGAUGGUGCUGGACGACCAGAACAACAAACUCUCCAAGGAGAAGAAGCUCAUGGAAGAACGGAUCGCUGAGUUCACCACGAACCUGGCCGAGGAGGAGGAGAAGUCCAAGAGUCUGCAGAAGCUCAAGAACAAACACGAGGCCAUGAUCACCGACCUGGAGGACCGUCUGCGUCGCGAGGAGAAGCAGCGUCAGGAGCUGGAGAAGAACCGCAGGAAGCUGGAGGGCGACUCUACAGAGCUGCACGACCAGAUCGCAGAGCUGCAGGCUCAGAUCGCCGAACUACGCGCACAGCUCGCUAAAAAAGAGGAGGAGCUACAGGAGGCGCUCGCCAGGAUCGAGGAGGAGGCGGCUCAGAAGAAUCUGGCGCAGAAGAAGAUCCGGGAGCUGGAGGCUCAGCUGAGCGAGCUUCAGGAGGAUCUGGAGCUGGAGCGAGCGGCUCGAGCCAAGGCCGAGAAACACCGGAGAGACCUGGGAGAAGAGCUGGAGGCGCUGAAGACGGAGCUGGAGGACACACUCGACUCCACCGCCGCGCAGCAGGAGCUCAGGACGAAGCGUGAGACUGAAGUGGCUCAGCUGAAGAAGACUCUGGAGGAAGAGGCUAAGGUUCAUGAGCAGGUGGUGGCUGAGAUGAGACAGAAGCACAGUCAGGCCUUCGACGAGCUCAACGAGCAGCUGGAGCAGGUCAAACGGAACAAGGUGUCGGUGGAGAAGACCAGACAGGCUCUGGAGUCGGAGAGGAACGAGCUGCAGAUCGAGCUGAAGACGCUGAUGCAGGGCAAAGGAGAGUCGGAGCAGCGCAGGAAGAAAGCGGAGACGCAGCUGCAGGAGCUACAGGUCAAACACGCCGAGAGCGAGCGCCAGCGCAUAGAGUUCGCUGAGAAAGUCUCCAAGAUGCAGGCGGAGCUGGAUAACGUCAACGCUCUGCUGAGCGAAGCCGAAGGAAAGUCCAUCAAAGCGGUGAAGGACUGUUCAUCCGUCGAGUCGCAGCUGCAGGACGUCCAGGAAGUGCUUCAGGAGGAGACGCGGCAGAAGCUAGCGCUGAACACACGUCUGCGUCAGCUGGAGGACGAGCAGAGCGGUCUGAGAGAGCAGCUGGAGGAAGAGGAGGAGGCCAAGAGGAACCUGGAGAAACAGAUGAGCAGCAUGCAGGCGCAGCUGGCCGAGAUGAAGAAGAAGGUGGAGCAGGAGGCCAGCUUCCUGGAGAGCUCCGAGGAGGCCAAGAAGCGCGUCCAGCGCGACCUGGAGGCCGUGACGCAGCGUCUGGACGAGAGAAACGCCGCCUUCGACAAGCUGGACAAGACCAAGACGCGCCUGCAGCAGGAGCUGGACGACAUGCUGGUGGACCAGGACCACCUCCGACAGAUCGUGUCCAACCUGGAGAAGAAGCAGAAGAAGUUUGACCAGAUGCUGGCUGAGGAGAAGCUGAUCUCUGCCCGUUACGCUGAGGAGCGUGACCGCGCCGAGGCCGAGGCCCGUGAGAAGGACACGCGUGUGUUAGCGCUGUCCCGCGAGCUGGAGACCCUCACGGAGCUGAAGGACGAGAUGGACCGCACCAACAAACUGCUGCGCGCCGAGAUGGAGGACCUGGUGUCCUCGAAAGACGACGUGGGCAAGAGCGUGCACGAUCUGGAGAAGUCGAAGCGUGCGAUGGAGCAGCAGCUGGAGGAGAUGAAGACACAGCUGGAGGAGCUGGAGGACGAGCUGCAGGGCACUGAAGACGCCAAGCUACGUCUGGAGGUCAACAUGCAGGCCAUGAAGGCACAGUACGAGAGAGACCUGCAGGGACGAGACGAGCUGGGAGAGGAGAAGAAGAGACAGCUGCUCAAACAGGUGCGUGAGAUGGAGAUGGAGCUGGAGGACGAGCGUAAGCAGCGCACGCUGGCGAUGGCGGCGAGGAAGAAGAUGGAGCUGGACCUGAAGGAGCUGGAGGCUGCCAUCGACCUGGCCAACAAGAACCGAGAAGAGGCGCUCAAACAGCUCAAGAAAGUGCAGGCUCAGAUGAAGGACCUGCUGCGGGAGCUGGAGGACACGCGUGUGUCCCGUGAGGAGAUCCUGGCGCAGAGCAAAGAGAACGAGAAGAAGGUGAAGAGCAUGGAGGCCGAGAUGAUCCAGCUGCAGGAGGAGCUGGCGGCGGCGGAGAGAGCCAAGAGACAAGCGCAGCAGGAGAGAGACGAGCUGCAGGACGAGAUCAACAACCAGGCCAACAAAGGGGCUCUGGGCUCGGAGGAGAGGAGGCGUCUGGAGGCGCGCAUCGCUCAGCUGGAGGAGGAGCUUGAGGAGGAGCAGAACAACACCGAGCUGGUGAACGACCGGCUGAAGAGAGCCCUGCUGCAGACGGACCAGAUCAACGUGGAGCUGACGGCGGAGCGCAGCACCACCCAGCGUCUGGAGGGAGCGCGCUCACAGAUGGAGCGCCAGAACAAAGAGCUGAAGCUCAAACUCACCGAGCUGGAGGGAGCCGUCAAGAGCAAAUACAAGGCCUCCAUCGCCGCCCUGGAGGCCAAGAUCAUCCAGCUGGAGGAGCAGCUCGACGUGGAGACCAAAGAGCGGCAGCAGGCCUCUAAACUGGUGCGUCGUGCGGAGAAGAAGCUGAAGGAGGUGAUUCUGCAGGUGGACGACGAGAGACGCAACACAGAGCAGUAUAAAGACCAGUCUGAGAAACUGAACAGCCGCAUGAAGCAGCUGAAGCGGCAGCUGGAGGAGGCCGAGGAGGAGGCGCAGAGAGCCAACGCCAACCGCAGGAAACUACAGCGAGAGCUGGAGGACGCCACCGAGUCUGCGGACGCCAUGAACCGAGAGGUCAACAGCCUGAAGAGCAAACUCCGACGCGGCGAUCUUCCCUUCACCAUGCGCCGUAUCGUCAGCCGCUCGGGAAUCGAGAGCGAUGAAGACCCGGAGGCCAAGAGCGAAACCCCCGAACCCAAACCUGAGUGAAAGAAGCCGCACCGCAGCGUUCCCUCGCAAACACACAAGUCUCGGACGACAACAUCCCUGAAAACUCAGAGAUACCUUGUCUUUUUUUUUGUUUUUGUUUUUUGGAUCUUAUUUUAGUGCCAUAGUGUAUUCGCACACACACACACACACACACACACACACACACACACACUGGUUCUCCUGACAAUCACACACAGCUUCUACUCACACAACGAGGACCAAAUUUGUGUUUUCAUAUCAUUGUCUAAAAUACAAAAAGAGCGCAAUGAUAUUUUUGUAAGGACACAUUCCGUCAAUUGUUUUCCCUAGUCCGGAUCUAUUUUUCUAAGUAAAAGGAUUAAAAGAUAGUAAAGAAGAGAACGUAUUUGAAGGGGACCAAAGCAAAACUUGCUUUCUACAAAACUGUAUUUCAUUCAUACGUUUUUAUAAUGGUAUACGGAUGAACAUAGCGCUUGCUCUCUUGCACCUCUGCUGAUGAAUAAAAUAUAUGAUUGUGUUGAGAAUUACUGAUAAUAUAUACACUCACACACAAUAAUGCAUUUAGUAAAUCAGACCAGCACAGAAAAUAUUAAAGAUCCCCACGCCACCAUAUAUGCACGUGAAAUGUUUUUUGAGUAAUAAAAUGGACAUGUUUUAUCAGACUUUAGCGGCGGAUUGAAGGAAUAAAGAAGGAGUAGGCAAAGCACGAACUCAUUUAGAUAUGGCACUAUGCACUAUCGCCUUAAACCUACUAUUUGGAUAUUUUCUGAUCCUCUGUUUCUUCCAGUAUAUGUGUCUUUAUUGAAGUUCAGGGCAUAAUUGGUGGAGGGUUUCUCUCACGCACACACUGUAAACGCUGAGCACGGCUGGGCGGGAAUCCUCCGUUUGGCGGGAGUUUUUUUAAAUAACAUGGAACGCCUCCAUGGCUACCUCUGAUGACGUGUAAUACUCUGUGACGUCAUAGUUGAUUACUCCGCGAUCUGUGCUCUCGUUAAGAUCUAAAGAGAGCGAAGCUCGUGCUCGGUUUCUGCUUUUUUUUCUGCUCACACUGCUGGGAAGUGAGAGAAAUUGACUUAUUGAUUAUGUAUGGAUAGGAUAGAUAGAGCAUUUAUCUCUCUCUCUCUCUCUCUCUCUCUCUCAAUAAUGACUUUGUGAUUUUGUUAUGUUCUCUCUCUGUCUGCAGCUCCUGAAUGAUAUCUGGAGAGAUUUAUCAUGAAUCAUUGGUAUAAUGAUGCAAUAAAAUGGCUUUUUCAAAACCACUUUA